AAUACUGAUUGGCGCUGGGGCAGUCAGGCGUUGCACAAGUACAGGCAUCUGCUGAGACUGUGGCAUGUUAUUUGGAGCUUUCAGCAAGACACUUGCUCUACCAUGAGGCUGGGAAGGCUGUCACUACUGCAGGCGGUAAAAUAAGAACAUGGCAUGAUGUCCUUUGGAAAAGGAGCGAUGGCGACCAUCAGGAAGAAGCUGGUGAUUGUGGGAGAUGGUGCCUGCGGAAAGACGUGUCUGCUGAUUGUGUUCAGCAAAGACCAGUUCCCCGAGGUCUACGUGCCCACUGUGUUCGAGAACUACAUUGCUGACAUUGAGGUGGAUGGGAAGCAGGUGGAGCUGGCCCUGUGGGACACAGCAGGACAGGAGGACUAUGACAGGCUGCGACCCCUCUCAUACCCGGACACAGACGUAAUCCUCAUGUGCUUUUCCAUCGACAGCCCGGAUAGCCUUGAGAACAUCCCUGAGAAGUGGACACCAGAGGUGAAGCACUUCUGCCCCAAUGUGCCCAUCAUCCUGGUGGGGAACAAGAAGGACCUGCGGAACGAUGAGCACACACGGCGGGAGCUGGCCAAGAUGAAGCAGGAGCCGGUGAAGCCAGAGGAGGGGAGGGACAUGGCCAACAGGAUCAAUGCCUUUGGCUACCUUGAGUGCUCGGCCAAGACGAAGGAGGGGGUGCGGGAGGUGUUCGAGAUGGCCACCCGCGCUGGCCUGCAGGUCCGGAAGAACAAGAAGCGCAGAGGCUGCCCGCUGCUGUGAGCGGCCCCAGCUGGCACCUGCACCGGCCCCUGGCUGCCCUGCCGGGGAGGGAGUGCUGGCAGACAGCCCAGGCAGGACCUCAUGGUGCCACUACCUGCCCUGAACCCUUUGCACCAGAGCUGCCGCCCGUGCUCGCGGGGUGUCCCUGCGACAUUCCGGGGCCAUGAGGGGCCAGUGCCUUCAGUGCCUGCUGCUCUGCAUGGGCCGGGUGUUUGUGUUGCUCCCCACGUCACCCCGUUCUGUACCGAGCUCCCUGGUUUUGCCUUUCCCAUGGGAAUUGCUGCGGUGUUCACUCUCCUUCCCAAGCUCUGGGCCGGUGCCACAGAAGCAGGAGGUGCCGGUCACAGCUCACGUGUGGGGUGUGCCAGGCCCUCGGUGUGCUCUGCCUGCUCUCCUUGGCCGUGCAGGCAGCACACACCAGUGUUACAGACUUGCCUGGGCAGCUUUAGCCUGUCUGUGAGCAGAGCUGGGCUCAGCUGCUGCCAGGAGCUCUCCUCCCGGGACGUGUGCCCAGCUCUGCCGGUAUCGCUGCCGCCGAGUCUGCCUCGGUCACCGACUUGGCAGCAGCAACCGAACUGCGUGAUUGGGAGAAUAAAUGCAAACCAGUAUUUUAGUAAUUGUAA